GAGCUCAUCACCCCGCACCGUGAGCUCAUCAUCCCGCACCGUGAGCUCAUCGCGCGGCGCCACCCGCCGGGGGUGUGGCGUCCCGGCAGCAUGGCGGAGCGGGAGGAGGCGCCGCGGGUGGGCGCGUGGCUGCCGGUGCUGGUGGAGCAGGUGGUGAACGACACGCUGGUGGUGACGCUGCGCUGCGGGGAGCGGCGGUUCGCCGGUGUGCUGCUGGACUGCAGCAAGAAGUCCGGGCUGUUCUGCCUGCCGUCCUCCUUCCCGAAGCCCGAGGAUCCUCCUGCUGCUGCCUGUGCCGUUCCUGCUGGUGGGGAUCCCUCGCAUGGUGAGCCACAGCCGCAGCCCGGGGAUGACCAGGUGCCACCAUUGCUGCCUGCGCCGCCCGGCAGUCUGCCGCCAUACCCACCCUACUUUGAGGGAGCGCCAUUCCCGCGCCCGCUGUGGCUGCGGCACACCUACAGCCAGUGGGUCCCGCAGCCGCCGCCGCGGGCCAUCAAGAGGACACGGCGGCGUUUGUCACGGAACAGAGACCCGGGGCGGCUGAUCAUGAGCACCAUCAGGCUGCGACCCAGGCAGGUGCUCUGCGAGAAGUGUAAAAAUACCCUGAACCCUGAGGAUGAGAACACGGCGGGGCAGAACGCAAAGGUGAGGAGGAAGCUGAGCGUGCAGGACAAGGAACAGAAAAAGCACAGUGACUCCGAGUGCGUGGAGAAAAGGAACAAAAGGGAGAAGAGAGAGGAGGACAGGUUUGCCAGGGAGCUGGUGCAUCGAACGCCAGUGAUCAAAAUAUCCUACAGCACCCCGCAAGGGAAAGGCGAGGUGGUGAAGAUCCCCUCGCGAGUGCACGGUGCAGUGAAGCCGUUCUGUCCCGAACAGCUGUUGCAGAAUGGAGAGGAGGAGCGAGAGGAGGUCGGAGAUGCUGAGCAAUGUCAGGAAACCAAGUGCUGUGUGGACAAGGCAGUGGGCGGCCAGCUUGCUUCCAUCCCCAAACUGAAGCUGACGCGGCCGGUGCAUCCCAGUGCAGAUGUCCCACCUCCAAAGAUACGGCUGAAGCCCCAUCGUAUCAACGACGGUCAGAGUGUUUCUAUUUACAAGGCAGAACUUAUCGAUGAGAUAAAUGUCCUUCAGAACAGCAGGGAGACGAAUCCUGGUGCGUUUUACACCAGUGAAUCGACAGACAGAGGUUUGGCUGAGAUCUCUUCAGGGAGUUCAGGUGAAGAUGAUGACUUUAAAAGGUUUCCCCAAAGUAAAGAUGGACACAAUAACUUGACUUUCCUUAUGAAUUACCGCAAGAGAAAAGCAGAUUCCUCUAGCUUGUCGGUGUGUAGUAAUGACAGUCUAGACGAGUCCAAGUCUUCUAGUUCGGAGGUAACAUCACCAGAACUGUGUGACUUUUUACCUGGUGAUGAUGCAUCUGUGUCUUCAUCUUCAAAAGAUGAGCGUAAAAUCGUGCCGCCCUUGACGGUCAGGCUGCACACCCAGAGCGUGUCUAAAUGCGUCACUGAAGACGGAAGGACUGUAGCGGUGGGGGAUGUUGUUUGGGGUAAAAUUCAUGGAUUUCCAUGGUGGCCGGCACGUGUUCUUGACAUAAACCUUAACCAGAAGGAGAACGGGGAACCUUCGUGGCGAGAAGCCAAAGUUUCGUGGUUUGGUUCUCCAACGACUUCGUUCUUAUCUGUUUCAAAACUUUCUCCUUUCUCUGAAUUUUUCAAACUGAGAUUUAACCGCAAGAAGAAAGGGAUGUAUCGGAAAGCCAUCACAGAGGCUGCAAAGGCAGUGGAGCACCUGACUCCAGAAAUAAGAGAUCUCUUAACACAGUUUGAGACAUAACUGUGCCACCAGUAUCAGGUAACAGAAGAUAAGAGCACAGCUGUUCUUCUAGAGUGUCAUGAAGUCUGUACACAUCCUGACAUGCUCCCCAGGAGAAGCGAGAGGUUGCCCUGCACGUGACAGGAGGAUGGGUUUCCUUGUCAGCUUGCGCUGCUUAUCAUCCGGGAGAGGUGACAGUCACUGGGACGUGGAGCUGUAGGAGGCUCUUCUGGUGUGAGGCUGGCAGGAGAGACGAGCAUUUCUUAACCUAGGAUGAGAAUCUGACCAGUCAUACAGCAAUGAACUAGGAGAACAGCAAAAAACACAACUUGGAAUGUAUUUAUUACCUAAAGUUAGCUAUUCUUGAUAAAAAAACCCAAAUUAUGCUGCUGCUUAUUUUACUUACAGAUUUCACACACUUCUAAUUUUAAAGCUACCAAACAUUUACUCCAUUAUGUACUUUGAGAAAUGUAAUUGGAGCAAGACAUACAAGAGAAUGGAAUCAUUGUAGUGUCUUAAGUACAACAGACUCACUUUUGUGUCUAUUAAAACUUGGAAAUGUGCAACACGUAACGAUGUGGCCGUCAUUGCGUAAUGUUGAGGCUUUUUAAGAUCAUUUGCUGCCGAGCUGAGAGAGGUGAUGUUUUCAAGUACAUGAACAAGUGGUCAGUGGAGAAAACGAGCGGCCUGUCCGCCUAUAGGGGAAAUGGUUUAGGAUCUAAAGUGACCUGUGAUCAAACUCUGAAACUGUAUCAUUAGUUUGUUUUGGUCUGCAGCUGUCCAGCUUUUCUCUAGAUAAAGGUCCUGUCUAGGACUUGAUAAUGUGUUGCUUCUGGUGCUUGGAGAAGAGUUCAGUGUUGCCCCUGCCAGGUUAAAUGUUAUCUGCAUGUGCUUGAAGAUUAACUUGUAGCUGAAGAACCAUUGCACAGAUUUUGCUUCCUGUUUCUUCUUAAUCUGUAGCAGCAAAUACUGUGAUGAACUGUUGGCAGAUUCAAAGAACGAGUGGAAAGGAAAACGUAGAAGCUUGUGUUUUCUUGAUUCAUGCUGGUUAUAAUGUGGUAUUUUGAACGUCAGCAAGAGAGAUCCGAACUUCCCCUUUCUGCCUGACAACAACAAAGUUUAACAUGAGAAGUCCAGCACCACAAAAUCCCUUCUGCUCAGUCUCAACAAGAGCACACAGUCAGUCAAAAACGUCUCCCUUAACACUGCUGAAAGGCUGUGGUAAAUGAGCAAACUAAAAUGCAUUGCUAAAAUAGGACAUCUGUCUCCCAGGGUCAAUUUUGGCUACCUCUGCAAACAAACAAUUUUCCUGUUUUCCAGAAAUAAAUGUAAAAAAAAAAGACAGCAGUGUAUGGAGAAGGAAUGUGUUCCUGCACCUUGUGUACAGCCUUUAAGAAGCAGUUGUUUACCUGGGCAUCUGCUGCGCCCAUCUCCAAAACAGCGUGUGUGGCUGGCAAGGAUGCUCUGUGCACUGAGUGCUCCCACUCAUGGGAAAAAACAGUUUGGCCUUUAUCAGUCUGUCUGUCUUCAGGAAUUUCUGGGUUUUUGGAUGUUGUUUUUCCUAGCAUCCUCUCAAGCUUAGGGUUAACUGGUGGCUGUGUGAGGCGAGGUCUGUGUUUGCUGCUCACACAGUUCUUCACUGUACAAAUCCCCUGCCAAGAUGUGCUGCGGAGCGUUCUGGCUGCAGAGUGGCAGCAGUUAGCUGACAGGAGUUACAGAUAGUCUGCUGGCUGCUUCAACAAAAGGGCAACAUGAAAAGAAGCAAAACCCCCAUGCCCAGGAAAAGCACCUGCCUGGAGCUGCAAUGAUCUGCAGAUGGGGCUGGGUGCCCCAGGCACAGCUCACAGGUGCCCCAUGUUCUGAGUCCUGCUACCUGCUGGGUCAAGUUCUGAGGCCUCGUGCUCAGUGCCGCCGUUCUCCAUCCUUGUGUCAGUGCUGCGAACAAUGUGGAAUGGAUAGGGAAGGUCCCCGGGAGCUCUCUGUUGGAGACAAGAGGAGCCCAAGCUGCGAGAAGCAGGUGGGCUUUGUGGGUGCCUUUGCGGCCCAUUGAGCUGAGCCGUGGCUGUGAAUCCUGCCUGAAAUCCAGAAACUUCUCAUUUCUUGGGUAAAAGCCCUUCUGUUAUGAGUGAUCACUGCUGAGGGGAACCUCAGGCUGCUCUGCAUUCCCCAUCCUCAGAUGCCAUUAUUUUACCAUACAAGUGCCAAAGAGCAACUAUUAAUUAUUGAAUUACGCUUUAGGAGAGGCAUUAGGGAAUGUGAUUCCUGUCUUGCCUUUCAGGCUGAGGAAUAAUUGCUUUACCCAGCAGGCGCUCCCCUGGGAUUCUCCUGUGCGUUUCCAUUAGCUGCAGCUGUAGGACCAUCACCAGCUCUGCGGGAGCUCCAUUCCCCACCUGCUGUCACUGCAGGAGCUCUGGCUCAGCUGUUUGGGACCCAAAGGUCCCUUCUGUGGGACUGUGGUCCCUUGUGCCACAGAGAUGUGGGCUCGUCCCAUACAGCGCCGCAGUGAGUCCUGCUGGGAAAUUAAUCAGAGGAAAUGUGAAGGCAGUGACCUCAAUAUGCAGCUCAGGAUGAAUCACAGUUACUGACAGAGGCGUCUCCAUGAUUUUGGGAGCAGCGUGUCCCCGUGCUCAGGAAAUGCACAGACAGCCACUGUGGGCAGAGCCGACCUCAGAGGUCUUUUCCAACCUGAAGGGUCCUGAUUCCAGUUGAGGUUUAGCAGAAGUAUUUUUUGUCAUCUCCGUGAAGUGCCCCAGCUGCACAGCUCACAGCACCCACAGCACCUGACACUGACUGUGCUCACCGCCUCCUGUUGGGUUUUGUUGCCAUUCAAGGUGCCAUUUCACAAAGCAGAUUUCCAGGCUGAAAAAUGCAAAUUUCAUUUCUUGUGGAAGACAGCUAAUGAAUGCUGCUCAGCAGUUACCCUCAUUAAUAGCUCUGUAAUUCUCUAAUGAAUAUUUAUGAGUGGUUGGCUGGAAGCAACGUACCACGGUGUGUACGGACAGAUACUUCGUACGGAUUGUGUUUGACAUUAAAAUAAUGGUAAUUAUUUUGGUGAAGGGUGCAGUGAGACGGUGAAACAGAAUGCAAAUAGCCACAGAUGCAGCAUUUCUUUCCAUUGACAGCAGCUAUGCGUUAUUCAGAGGCUCUUGCCAGGAGAGGUGUGCGCGAGGUGCCCUGGGUAUCCCACAUGGAGCCCACACAGCCCUGAGCAUGGCGUUCAAAGGGCCAUAUCCUGUGUGUAUCUAACAGACGGUAGCAAUCUCCUUAUUAGCACUACGGUCAUAUAUCGUAACAGCUUUGAUUCCCAUCUGCUUGUCUUUGUAUGUGCACAGACUGCAAUGGUGGUUUCUGAUCAAUAUCAGGAAAAAAAAGCAAGGAAGCGUCAUGUCCUGCUUGUGCACUGACACACGUGGCAGGCUGCAAUAGAGCUCUGAGCACGUGUCCCCAUGUCCAGCAGCACUGCGCCACAUCCCUUCCAUGCACAGCAGCACAGUGCAGGAGCUGCUCAGCGCUGCAGGUGUUGCCUGGCUGCUGUCGGGCUGCUCACCCUGCAAAGCUUCCUCGUGAGUGUGAUGCUAAAUCAUUUGCUGCUUCACAGUCUGUUGUGACAAAGGCAACCAUCAUUCCUUGUAUAACCAAACCAAACACCAACAAAGAAAAGCCCACCCUGCCCCUCCUCCUCAUGGGACAGACGUGCUGCCCAGCUUUUGGCAGAGGUCAGAACUUUGUGCCACCUGAAGGGGAGAUCCUGAGCCAGCAACAGGCGAGCAGGGACUGGGCCAAAGGGAUAAGGCGUAUCACUGUGCAGGGCUGCACCCGGCCUCGGGAUGGAUGGACAGUGAACUCCCAGCACACGCCACAGAGAGCUUCCCCCAUCCACUCUGAGUCAGGACAAGGAACAGCUAUCACACUGCACGCCAGUUUUCUUGUUCCUUCUGCAUUUGAGUCUAAGGAAAGCAAAUGGAGUUUUUGAGAAGAAAACCAUCAAGUACAUGUAGUGCUGUUUGGUGAAAGGCAGCAAGUCUUUCAGAAAACCAAACUGCAGGAGGUAACGCUGCCUGCAGAUCCAGUUUCCCUGUUGCUGGGUUAGCUGAGGAAUAAAGGCAAGAGUAAAAGUAUCAGAUCUGAAAAGCACGAGGUGUAGAUCUGUGCUCCAUGAAACUUCCUUUCGCCUGCAGGAGGAGUGAUGGCAUCGAGCACCUUCUGACGCGAUCCUGAGGGAGGCCACGUGCAGCACGUCUCUGCUUGGAAGCAGGAAAGGCUCCCAGCGAUGCAUCCCAGGAGAGCCCCAGAGACCCAGGGCACCUCUUCCAGCAGGGCUCAGCGCUCAGCUCUGGAGCGUGCGAAUGUUCUGUGCUUGGGAUGAAGCAUUUACCUGUGAGCUCCACCACUGAUGAGUUUAUAACAUGGAGGACUUCUUCUGUCUGCCUUGUUCAUUAAAGUCCUGAGCCUCCCCAUGAACGGCUGCACUGAUUUCUGAAGUUACUUAAUAAAACCGAAGUACUUCCCAAAAAGAGGAGCAUGGGCAGGCAGACAGCGGGAUCUGUGCAGGGAGGUGUUGGCAGAUCCUGGCAGCUUUUGCAGAUAAGUUCAUGACACUUUACUUCAUGUUUCUUCCCUGAAAGACUGAAUGUAUGGAAUUAAUGCUCUUUUGAGCCCCAGCGAUGCAUUUGUCAUGGUUCAUAGCAUCACUGCUCAGUGUCAGCUCCUCUAAGCACAAAGGAAUCUCUGCAUCCUGCCCUUUCCUGUGUUGGUUUUCCCUGCUCUGCAGAACUGAAACCCUUGGAGAAUGUCAGAGAACAGCCAUCCCUGCGCCCCUCGGCUCCCCAGCGUUCUGCCUCCGCACCGCACGCUGUGCUGCAAUAAGCGCUUACUGCAGCAGCGCUGGGGCUGAAGUGCUGCUGCCUGUGCAUCGUUCCUGCUGGAGAACAAGUCAGAAUGUGCUGACAACCUGGAACACCCUGGAUGGGAGGAUUCUGGCCUGUUUCCCAGCCAGUGUCUGUGUGCCCCCGUGCAGCUCCUGGGAACAAACAGCCCCGCUCACAUCGCAGCUCACAGACACCAGGUGUCGGCUCCCCUUAGUGACAGGAGCCAUCACUGGACAAAAGAUAUCCUGCAUUUCAGGGGUGCCUUCCUAAAGCACGGCUGGUGCUACCAGCACGUAACUCCAGGUCUCACUGUGGCAAAGUGCAGCUGCGGAGGCUGCUGACAGCGGACACCUUCAGGAUGAGCACAGCAAGUCCCUGGGAUGUGAGCUCAUUCCUCAGCCCCCCACCCACCCAGUGCCCCCCAGAGCCCCACACUGUUGUUGGCAGGACAAUCCAUCACUGCCUUUGGGCCUGAACUUUCUGCUGCUUGCAUGCACUGGGGUGAAUCACAGCCAGGCAGACAAAGCCCAAGCCCAUUUUGCUGCAUCCUGGUGCAUUGAUAUGCUAAUCAUUAACCAUUAUAAAUCCUUCUUUAUGAGAUUCCAAGCAAUAACAUUUCCUGCUCCAAAACACACAUGGAAGGUCAGGAGCUGUUAAUUUACAGGAGCAUUGCUCACUGUGGAUAUUAAACCAUUAAGCUGCAGCUGCAAAAUGGAGUUUUAAAACGAGGUAACGCGACUGCUGCACACGUGGGGUGCGACUGGCGGCCAUCGGUGGGUUUGGAUUCGUUUGCAAAGUUAUGCACAGGUGCAAAGAGGAAAACACUCAACCCUGAUGGAAAUAAACUGAGAUUUGUCAUGGCUGCUGCUGGGCAUUGAACAGGGUCGGGAUCGGAGCUGCAGCUGCUGUUCGGAAUCGGGACGGAUUCCUCAGACACACUAACGGGUGGCGGUGUUUCGGUGUGUCCGUGCUCCGGUUCCAUCCCCGCAUCGUUCCCUGCCGCCCAUAGGAGCCCGCACACAACGCACCGCCAGCCCCGCACCCCGCCCCGCCCUCGGGCGCCCCCUGCUGGCCACCAGGAGCAGCGCAGCGCAGCGCCCUCUGCCGGCGGAGCGACGUGACUGUUCGUCGGUGAGAAACCUGCCAGAAAGAUGAACUUAAACUGAGAUGGAGCGUGUUCUGAACGAGCAGUGGUACCUUCCUCGGGCAAUGCAGUGUGCAAACAUUGCAUUGGGUGGGAAACAUCGUGCAGGAAGGAGCAGCUGAGUGGCACUGCAGCACUGCAGCCAUGCAGUGUGUUGUGUGAGUGCAGACACGGCUCACAGUGCUGCGAUUUGAUGAUCCGGGACAAACACUGGAGAUCUUUGAGGAGCACAGGAUGUGUACACAAAGCAGAGCCGUGCUGUUUGGACAGGCACACCCUGACCUUUGCAGGCACUGCCAGGCCAGCUGGGCUCACACAGCCGUGGGGCCAUGGAGGUGCUGGGGCUGCAGAUGGGGCUGGGGCUGCCAGCAAGUUUGCCCGGGUUGUAACUGCUGGGCUGCAGGACGGUGGCCAAAAUCAGGCUGGAAAUGCAGGGUUUCAUUGGGCCUGAGGAGCGUGGCAGGAAGCAGCGGGUGAGCGGUGUCUGCUGUGGGCACACAGCUCUGAGAAGGGCGUCUGCUGCAUGGAAUGGCUGCAUGGCUUCAGCACGAGGUCACUGAGAGCUGAGUGGAAGCUGCUCUUCCCCCAGCGUAGGGUGGCCCUGCAGAGACAUGGCAGCACGUCAUGGCAUGGAGGAAAGGUUGGCCUGGGGAGAUCCAUCAGCAGCAAUGGUUUAUUCAUCGUUCAGCAGGUUAUAAUAACUGUAAUCGCUGUUGCCAUGUUGAGCUGAAGACCAAAGCUAAUGAAACCCCCCACACACAGUGCAUGAAGUGCUCCAGACCCAAGCACUGUGUGGGGCUGCAGGGGCUGCCACCCUCUGCUCUGCUCCCACUGCUUUCCCCAUAGCACAGAGUGGCAGUGAGCAGCAUCAGUAAAAUGCUGAGAUGGGAAGCGGUGUCUGCAGCUCUGCCUGCUGCUCAGUGUGUUUGCCAUGCAAAGCUCCACCAAAGCUUCUGGAGGCUGCGUGCAGUCCAGAGUGGUUUCUGGAACCAGAGGCAGAGCCGUAUUUCAUGCUGCUGUUCUUCAACCAGCGUUAUUUGCUCAGCUCUGUGAGCUGCUUGUGCUGCUGGGAUCGCUGCUGGGAAGGAGGAUCACCCACUGCUUGACUCCAUUCCACAAAUAACAAUGCAGAAGUUGUAAAUGGUCCAUGAUAUGAACGUGCUGCACCACACUGCACAGGAAGGUCUGCCAGGAAGGUCUGCUUUAGCAAAGCUGUAAUUUGUUGCAAUAACACUGCCCAUCAGAGACCAAUACAGCACGUUAACUACAGCAGGAAGGCUGGGGUUCUGGCUGGUGAUGGAGCACGAACAGCCUGCCCACAGGUGGAAGCCAGCAUGUUUUUCAUUGCUUCUGCCAAACUAAAUGAGCAGCAGUGAUGAGAAACACGAUCUGCUCAGGGGAGGAAGCAGGAGAUGUGCUCCCAUUGCUCAGCACAUUUGGAAGAGCAGCAGAGAUCAGCACUGGCUCCCCUGUCACAUUGUAAGCUCCCCGUGUUUCAGGGACUUGGAGCUUUUUUGAGAGCUCUGCAUAUGAUGAAAAUGUUCCCCAUAGAAACAGCUCAAUCUCACGUAAAACCAUCCAGCAUUAUCACGUUGGGGCUGGGACUCACAGAACCUGAGUUCAAGCAUUUUCCAACAACCCCCUCUGCAGUUUUAGGUUGCUCACUUGUGUUGUUACCUGCUGCUCACCUGUGCAGUUGCAGGAGGUGCUCCCCGGCCCUGCACGCUGCCUCCAGCAGCAGGGAGUGUUGCUGCAUGCAAUGGCUGUGAGCUGUGGGGUUGGGAUGCAUUCACAGUGCACUUCUGUAGCACGGUGCCAAAGCCCAACAUCUGCUUCCCAGGGAUUUUUUUCCACUUGCGACAGUGUUAUUUCUCAUCUGUGAUUACAAAACUGGGGUGUUUACCAGCACCGCGUGCUCAGAAAGACAUGGAUCUGCAUUUUUCAGAUUCUUUCUGUGAAAUACAGCCCCGUUUCCAGACAGGACGCAGUGCUGGCAGAAGGGCAGAUUUCUCACAUGAGGAACAAACAGAGCCUGCAGGUUUCAGGGCUGCUGUGCCGCACUGUGCAUCCAAAGCACCACACACCAGCAGGGCUUUGUGUGCUGCUGGGGAACAGAGACACAGAGAGCCCACGGAUAACCUGAUCCUGAGUCAGGUAAUGCUUCCUGGGGCAACACGUCCACAGCUGUGAUGAGAUGUAUAUACGGCUUCGUAUAUCCAGCACUGUAAGGUUCCACUGCCGUUUGUUGGCAAGUGUGAAUAAAUCUGAUUCUUUGGCUGCAGGAGCACACAGGGCAGCUGGAGAGGCUGUAAAAGUAACUGCUGUGCAGCCAGAUCCCAUGCAGUGAAUUCUCACAGCCCACACGGAGCUGCUUCACAGUGACUUCUGUGCAGCCAACAAGUUGCUGCAGGCCACUGUGCGCUGCUAUACACUGCUGCACACUGCUGCAUGCCACAGCAUGAUGCUGCACACUGCUGCAUGCCUCUGCUACACUGCUACACUGCUACACACCACUGCAUGCUGCCACAUGGCUUCGGAACCAGCUGCAGAGCUCACAUCACAGCUGCAAAGCCACGCUGUGCAGGACUGAGCCCACACAGACCUCGCAUGGUAACGUUUUUCUCCUUAACAUUUCCAGUAACAUUGCAACACAUUGCACAGCGCGCUACCUAAGGUCGUACCCUUGGCAGUGUGGCACUAAACGCUCACAGCUGGAAUUUUCCACUGCUAAGAGCAGAGCAAUCUGGGAAUGGCAGCGAUGCAGGCAGGGAAGGAGCUGGGAGCACACAGGUGCUUAUAGUGGGAAGCACCAUUCCAGGCACAGGCAGGACGUGCUGGUACCUGAGCAGAGCACUGCCAGCAUAAAGGAAUCUCUGGAGAAUGUUUGUGUGUUGGGAUGUAGCACUGAAUGGAAAAGGUCUUCCAGAAGUCGGCUCCAACACACGCUCACGCUGCUGGUCCUGCUCAGCUCCCCUUGCCGCAGCCCCAGAGCUGCUCCAUUCACUGCAGGCUUUAACUUCUAUCAUCACAUCAACGUGAUUUUCUGCUAAUAGGAAAAUGAAAUGUGUCCUUCUGGCUCCAUUCUGCAAAAGAUAAAGAACGGAGGGUAUGCGCCACAUGACAGAGCCUCAAUCUAACCUUCUCCUUGGUGUUAUUAAUAGUAAAUGCAUAUUGGGUGGUUUCACGACGACCUUGAGAGCAAGUGACACAUCUCACCCAGCAGGGCGCCAUUCCCCAGGCGUUUUGGACAAGGAAAUCCUUAUUUUUAUUAACUUAUGGGGGGAAGAAAAGCACCAUCGUGUGCAUUCAGGGCUUUUCCAGCGACCCAAAAGGCCCAACGCAGCGAUGCCUGCUGGUUUUGGUGGCUCACCUGUAUCUACUGUGGGCAAAGGGAGAAGAAAUAAAAUUCAACCUCCUUUCAAUUUGCAAGUUAUGAAAAAUGCUUCUGGAAGGAGCUAAUAAAGGUGAUGGAUGUGCUCA